AUGGUCGUCCUGAAAGGACCAAGGUCAGCCAGCGUGACUGUCACAAUAAAAGGGGCAGAAAUAAAAUCAGACCAGCAUAUGGACUACCUAGGAGUGAGGUUCACAAGAGGAGGGGAGUUUUCAGGUCAUAUCAGGGCGGUGACCGAUAGAACAAGGGCAAAAGUUGAAACGAUGAGGAAGCUGAUGCCAAAAAUCGGUGGCCCAGGAUAUGUGACGCGUCGCAUACUUUGCUCGGUAAUGCAUGGUCAGCUCCUGUACGCAGCAACAGUUUGGCGGGACGCACUGAAGGUGCAGAGAAACAUGCAGAGAAUGGUGUCUACGCAGAGGCUGGGCCUGCUGCGUGUUGCGUCUGCCUACAGAACCGUCUCGGCGGAGGCGGUCCAGGUUAUAUCGGGUUACCCACCGAUUGACCUGAUGGUGGCCAAGAGGUGCUUCCUUUAUACCGUGGGGGGAAGGCUGCCGGGAAACAGGAGAAUGGCCAGAGUAAGAACGAUCAAAAAGUGGCAGGAAAGGUGGAGGAGAGAGGAUAGAGUGGCGGGUUGGACCUGA